CACCUUGUGAAAAUCUCUAACUUGUUUGAGCACUCUCCUCACAGGUGCUGAUUUUCAAACAUCGAUAACUGCUUUCAUUUCCACAGAAGAUACUGAUAGUUAUGUUACACAUUAUCUGUACAACUUUAAAGUUCAGGAGUGGAAAAGUGUGUUUGAGUGAAUUUGUGUUGUGGUUUCAUAUACCUUACAUAAAGGUGUUUUUGUUGGUAUUUUGGAAUAUAGAUUUAUGUUAGACCAGGGAAUAAAAUUAUGUUUUCCAAGAUGUAUCUGCCGUGCUAUUAAAUGGUCUAGCCGACCUUGUAUAGAGCUUGGCGUAAUCUAACAUUGGAGUUAUUUAAAGGUCGCGAUAUAUUGGGCAGCGCAGAAAAUCACUGUCUCUACGAGAUGUUUCUCUAAUUCAGAUUAUGUUAGAACGCAUCCGUUGAUCAGCCGAUAAAUGAAAAAAUAAGACAGAAUUCGUUUCAGUGGAUUGUUGAUAUGCUUUUGAUAAUCUGUUCUACUGUGGAGUAAAUUAAAUGUCGAUUUGUUGCUUGACGUAGAGAUUUAUAUUUUUUCUUCUGUCAUGGAAAUCAGGUGGAAAGUAAGUAUAAAGAACAUAGUAACUUGUAAAACAAUGUGACAAUUUUUACGUACCAGCAUAAAACAACUGUAUCAUUUUGCAUAUUUCAGACAUAUUGAAAAUUUUAAACUAUCAACUUUGUUAAAUAUUAUUCGAAAUUCAGUGGUACUGCAGGGAUCUUUUAUCGGUUCUAAAUCAGCUGUAAUCACAUAACGGUUGCAUAACCAUAGUUUAGAAAUGCCUUCGCACAUCUAAAUAAGUAUUAAACAAUAACAAAGAAAUCAAACGUUAAAAUUUUACGCGCUUAUUCAUCAGCAUUAUUCAAGAAAAGGGGAAUUUGUUUAUUUUUUCUUUUAAAACGAUUGAAUAAAAUGUGAAUUAAGUGAGUCAAGACUGCCAGAAUAAUUACCAGAACGAAAUGAUUUUUUAUAAAAUUCAGUUCAGUAUCCUCUGUUUAGAAAAUUAGCCAAAGCAUAGCAUAGAAAGUAUGAAUACAUCACGAACUCACACAUUAACGAAUGGAAACAACACUGAACUUGAGCCUGGGUUCUGUGGCGACUGGCUGGAUGCACAGCAUGCACUAUUUCAGUUAGCUAAUUUGUGCAUGCUGAUAUCUUUCCUUACACCUACAAACUUCAAAUACCACUGUUUCUUUCUUCGCAUCAUGCUCAAUUUCGGAUUUCUACUCAGUGUCAUAUGGGGCGCCGUCUUCGUCUGUAUGACAGAUAUUGUGAUAUGGAACGCCAUCUUUCUUUGCGUCAACUCUGUACAUCUUGUGUACCUUGGAUAUAAGGUUGUGCCAGAACGAUUUCCAAAAGCAUUAGAAGACGUAUAUUCACAUACCUUUAAGCCAUUAAAAGUGACAAGAAAACAAUUUAAAGAAAUCACUGACUUUGGGAGUAUGCAAGUAUUAGGAAAAGGUGCUGUAUAUGCUAAACAGGAUCAGACUAAAACAGGACAGAAACUUUCCAUAUUAUUAAAAGGCAGAUUGAAAGUAACGUAUGACGAUUGUUUCCUACAUUCCAUUGAGCUUAACCAUUUUGUGGAUUCUCCAGAAUUUGAUAAUUCCAGCGUGUCGUGUACUGAAGAUACAUUUAAGGUUUCCGUAAGUGUGGUUGAAGACAGUUUGAUAUUUACCUGGCCACAGGAUCAGCUGAUCAACUAUUUGUCCCAUGACCCAAUUUUAAGACACAUUUUUAGACAACUGAUCGGAAAGGACAUAAGUCACAAACUUUAUGAGAUACAGGAGAGGCUAAUGGCCAACCCAAGUUACAUGGACGGCAUAAAUACACGGCGUUCAUCUAUGGUAAAUGUUCGUCACGGCAUUGUAUCGAAUUCAACGUCGAAUCUUGCCAAAUUAAACUGCCUGCAAGGUCAGUUAAGCUAGUAGUCUAAGGACAAAAUGGAAAUACAACACGCAUUUCUCGUUGUGCUGUGGAUGUUGUGUAUAAUUGUACAAAUUAAGGAACUAAGAAUGACCAGGGCCUGUUUCACGAAGCCCAUUUAUGAUUAUGCUCUUAUGUAAGCGAUGCGUCAUGGAAGUCCUUAUAAGUAUAAUCAUUUAGUUUUCGAACAAACCCUGUUGCCAGUUCUACACCUAAAAUGAUAUAUAUAUUAAUGACUUAAAAGCUUAUCCAAGCUUUGCAAUACAUGACAGUUUGUCUGACAAGGCAUUUUAGCCUGUAUAUUCGAAGGACAACGACGGCUAUUGUACUCACGAUAAUGUCGGCAUCUGUUACCGUGGUAUUAAAAUUUAUGACAAUAUAAAAUUACCUAAACCUGUAUCUUAUUAACUAAUACAACCCCUGUUGUUUACAAAUCUUAUAAACUGAUAUGGGAAUUGGCUUCCCAAAAACAAUGUCACUUUCAUCAACUAUUGCAAUACUUUUUAUAGAGUUCAAGAGAGAGAGAGAGAGAGAGAGCUCUCAUUUGUUCCAUCCAAACCCUUACAAUUUAUGUCAGCUCUUUCGUAAACCUCUAUUAGUAGAAUCUCAUUUCACAGUUACCCGUUUCAUCCAGCAUUGCCAACUCUACUCAUCAAAUCAGAUCCCCACCCGAAAAAUAAUCCAAUAUAGUUAUCAUUCUUACAUUAGUCUAAGUGCCCCCUUGGACAACCCCAAUCCAUGUAAAACGUGUUUGAUAUUGUUUCUGAUAAUCCAUCC